AUGGUUGAGCGGUUUAACCGCAUUGUACAGCAUAUGUUGUCUAUGUAUGUAGACGAACACCGCAGGGAUUGGGAUGAACAUCUACCUUAUGUGAUGAUGGUAUAUAGGGCCUCGACUCACGAGAGCACUAAAUGUUCACCAAAUAAACUUAUGCUUGGUAGAGAAAUCUUCCUUCCUAUUGCUUGUUUAGUGGGAAAACCCCCAAAAGAACCAGACCCGCCCUGCCCCAUCGAAUAUGUUGAAUGGGUUCAAGAUGCUUUGGAGGAGGCCCACGAAUUUGUUAGGGGCAACCUAUCAAAAAGUGCUCUACGCCAAAAACGACAUUAUGACUUAAAGCUAAAGGAAAGGUCCUAUAAAGUGGGAGAAUGGGUGUGGUAUUGGUAUCCCCCAGAUGCUAAACAAAAACUGGGUAAAGGUUGGACUGGUCCCUAUCUGGUGAUAAAAAGGCUUUCGGAUAUUAUGUACGUCAUACAGGAAAAACAACGUAGUAGACCGAGAACAAUCCAUGUAGAUCACCUUAAGCGUUGUACAUGUUCUGAUCUCCCACUAAACUGGUUGGAGACAGAUGUGAUCGAUGGGAGACCGGGAGAACAAGUCGAAAGGACAGACAUGGGGGAGGAAGUUGAUGUGGACAUGGGGGCGGAAAUUGGUGUAGACACGAAGGAGGAAGCUGGACGGAACUUCGACACUGAUUACUGA